UUGCAGGUAAAGCAAGAUGAGUUAUGCCAGUGAUAGCAAGUAAGAAGUCAAAAAAACGCAAACUAGCCUACCACUGCCAUUCUCUUUUGGGAAGUUAACAUGAAGCGAAGCUAUGGCAGUGUUUAUUCUCUGUAUAGAGGAUGAUGCAAGCUCAAGUUCUGUCAGCUGUUGUGUAUCGAGUAACCAGGACAAUAAACUAUGGUCACAAAUAUGUUGUUGAUGUUAAAUAUGCAGGUAACGGAGGAGUGUGUGUUUCUGUUGUGAAUUCAAAGGUGACCCGAAAUAUUAAUCCACAAGAUAGUUCUAUUCGUCAUUUUUUCUUUGGUGAGUCCUGCUUGCCUUUCAUGGAUGAGUCUACUGAACGUAUUAUACUUUUGAAUAAACAAUCAUUGUUUUAUCGUUACAUAGAUGAAGAUUAUACUUAUAGUAGGCCUUUUGAGAGAACAAGCAUAAUUUUUCCACAGCAAAGCAACGUUUCGAAAGAAUACAGUCCAACCAGAAUAGCAUUGUGCAAUGACAAUGCAAUAUUGAUUUGUCUUUGGAACCAACAAGUGCUCGAGCGUUCUAUGGGUAAAAUUAUCAAGAUAUCUUUUGAGGGUGAAAUAUUUUUUGAAUUAGAAACCUAUAAAAAUAAGCCACUGUUUACAUGUCCGACUUACAUAGCAGAAAACGGCAAUGGAGACAUCUGCGUUUCUGACGUGAACGUUGUAGUUGUCUCGGACGCCGGAGGUUUACUGAGAUUUCGAUACAGAGGAAUAUCAGAUGAUUCUCAGUUUGAUCCCAACGGAAUUUGCUGUGAUUCACAGAACAACAUCAUUGUUGCAGAUAUGAUGAAAAACAAAAUUCACAUGAUUGACCAAAAUGGGGAAUUCCUUCACUAUAUUCAGUACAAAGAUAUGAACAAACCGCGAGCUCUCUGUAUAGACGAGCAUGAUAACCUGUAUGUCGGUGAAUGGUCGUCUGAGAAAAUCAAAGUACUUACACCUCAAUGACUGGAGG